UGCAGGGACAAUUGCUGAGGUUGACCUCUGGUUCCGGAACCGAGGGCGAAGAUGGCGGCCUCCCGGUGCUGGAGGUUUGUGCCUCGCGGUCGAGGGCCGUCAUUGCACACCGCUGCCGAGACUAACUCCACGGCCACGGGAACGAUCAGCCCAGAUGUGUCGGCGACCUCCGUUGCGCGGUACCCGCCGAUUGUGGCCUCCUUGACCGCCAAGAGCAAGGCGGCACGGCAGCGGCGGGUGGAACGCUGGCAGGCAGCGGUGCACGCGGCCAAGUCGGUGGACGAGAAGCUGCGAAUCCUUACGAAGAUGCAAUUCAAGAAGUACGUGGUUUACCCGCAGACCUUCGCCCUGAACGCCGAUCGCUGGUACCAAGGCUUCACCAAGACUGUGUUCCUGUCGGGUCUGCCUCCUGCGUCCCCCGAGGCCGAGCCGGCGCCGGCGCUGGACCUGGCUGCCCUGCGCUCUGCCGUGUGCGACUGCCUCCUGCAGGAACAUUUCUACUUGCGGCGCAAGCGGCGGGCGCCCCUCUUCCAGGAGCGGGAGGCUAUCGCUUCGCCCUUCUUGGAUCAGCUGGUGGCGACCCUCACGGGAUUGCUCAGCCCGCUCAACCCCGUCCUGGCUGCAGCCGCUCUUGAUCAUAAGCGGCUAGUUCAUUUUUACUGGAUGCGUGGUGAAGAAAUUAUUUCUUCUGGUCAUCGAAAAGGUCGAGUUGAUGCUUUGCGAUACCAAAUAGAUGAUAAACCACACAAUCAGAUUCGAAUAUCCAAGCAACUCCCAGAGUUUGUGCCAUUGGAUUAUUCUGUUCCUAUAGAAAUCCCUGUUAUGAAAUGUAAACCAGACAAGCUUCCAUUAUUCAAACGGCAAUAUGAAAACAACAUAUUUAUUGGCUCAAAAACAGCAGAUCCAUGCUGUUAUGGCCACACCCAGUUUCAUCUGUUACCUGACAGAUUAAAUAGAGAAUGGCUUUUGAAACGAAACCGUGCUGACCAGAUAGAAGUUAUUUUUAGAGCUAAUGCUAUUGCAAGCCUUUUUGCUUGGACUGGAGCACAAGCAGUGUAUCAAGGAUUCUGGAGUGAAGCAGAUGUUACUCGACCAUUUGUCUCCCAGGGCGUAAUCACAGAUGGAAAAUAUUUUUCAUUUUUCUGCUACCAGUUAAAUACUUUGGCAUUGACUGCACAAGCUGAUCAGAAUAACCCUCGUAAAAAUAUUUGUUGGGGGACACAGAGUAAGCCUCUUUAUGAGACAGUCGAGGAUAAUGAGGUGAAAGGUUUUAAUGAUGAUGUCUUACUUCAGAUAGUUCACUUUCUACUGAAUAAACCAAAAGAAGAAAAAUCACACUUGUUGGAAAAGUAGGAGAAAUAUUUCAUUUAGGACUUUCAAAGUAUUUAAAUUUCAUCAAAGGAUCAAUAAAAGGAUUUUAAGUGUGCCACUUAUAACUGUCAGAUGUUAAAUGUAUUAAUUUUUGAGACGUGUGUUUCUUAUGUUAACUUGUGAUUAGAUCUCUCAUUCUAUUCAAAUUCAUUACUGAAAGAUUUUAUUUUGAAUACAGUUGAUUUAAAGUAAUUUUGUGUACAUCCUAUUUACUGAAAUAUUAAUUUGGUUUUCUUUAAUACCUUGAGAAUCCCUAUUUGAGUGUGAUUUUAAAAGUAAUAUGGCAAUAUUUUAAAUAUUUGAGAAUCUAUGUAUCAUACUUAUCUUUGUUGUUUUGGUUUUAAUUUUUUUAUUUUUGUUAUCAUUGGUACAAAGUUUCAGAGCCUUACUUAGACCCCUUCAAAAUAUGAGCAGUCCAUUUCACAUUUAGUAAACUAAUGCUUUAUUCUUAAUCUUGGUUUGAACAGAAAAGAAAAAUAGAAAAGUAUUAAUAGUAUACUUCACUGAGAGAGUCUUAUGUUUUAGUCAACACCCAACCUUUGCCUCAUGGCUAAACAUAAGUGAUAUUCCCAUUGGAAGGAAAAAUGAGAUCACCAACUUUGACCUUCACUGGCUUGCUAGUCUACUUCACACGCCCAGAAUCAUAGAAGUAGGCAUUCAGUAGAUGUGAAUGGAUGUCAGUAAAUUAAAGUAGUCUUUCUGGUUUCUAGUUUGAGAUCUGGCAUAUGUUAUUUAUUUAUAUCUUUCACAUCUCAGUAAAGCUUAAGGUUUUCAUUACGUAGAUAUCUACAUAGUUCUUAUUUAUGCCUAAAUUUUUAUGUUAUUGUGAAUGUAUUUGUUCUUUUCAAUUAUAUUUUUAUAGCUUCUAAAAAUGGCUGAUGUUGGUUGCUGUAUAAUUUUGUAAAAGACCAAUUUAGUUAGCUUAAUAAAUCAGUGUUUUCAGCUCACUUUCAUGAGG